AUCAAAUGUGGCGCUUUUGUCUACCAAACGUCGAGGUCAGUCUUGGAGUGGCGUGGUGUGUGCUAUGUUGUGAAUGUCGGUUCCGAACGUUUUAAAUAAUUAUUAAAAAUGAUAGCUGGUCCAAAAAAGGACGGUAGCCCGAACACAAAGUACUUUGAAUCGCCCGAAACAUUAACAGCCCUAGAAAACGUAAAACAAUGGCUCCAAAAAACCGCAAAGAAGUACAUACAAUCAGACCCGCCAACCAACAAAACUCUAUCCGCCCUGGUCGUUCAGCUCCUCCAAUUUCAAGAAGACAGCCUCGGGAAAAACGUUCAAAAGCCGCCGAUGACCCGCAUUCCCGUCAAAUAUUUUAUGGAUUUCAAAGCGGGCGGCGCGCUUUGUCACAUGCUGGCGUCCGCGUUCAAGUUUAAACACGAACAGGGCUGGAGACGUUUCGACUUUCAAGUCGGCAAAACGAUUGGCCGACAAUUCGAACGAUUAAUCGAGAUGUUUCAAGCUAUGGAAAAAACGCUAAUUCAAAAUAAAUUUUAUACCUUGCCUAUUAUUUACGUUAAACCGGAUAUUGACGUAAAAUUAGCUACACGGCUUAAAGAGAUUAUACGAAAACGUAGUGGGCAGGUUGUUGACGUAGAAGAUGUAGCUACACAUAUUUUGUAUCCGCACUGUGACCCAUUAGAGGAGGAAUACGCCAGACCGGUCGCAAAACGUGAUAAAAUGGUCCUCAUGCAUUGGUAUUAUUUUCCGGAUUCAUAUGAUACUUAUGUCAAUUUUGAAGCGACCCCCGAAGGAUUACCGCUGGAUGUUCCACUCCAACAUAUGCCAAUAUGGAGGGUAUCAUCAACCUGGCUUUUGGAUUCUGAUCAAUAUAAUGAGUGGAUGGCCGAGGAAGAUUACGAAGUUGACGAAAUGGGUAGAAAGAGAAUACAUAAAAUGAGGAUGUCCGUUGAGGAUCUUAUGAACCCUUCUGGUGCUGAUUUAGAAAGAAAGAAAAAGCAGAAACGUAAACGAUCGCCUUCGCCUCCAUUGAAAGCGGUGACGAAACGAAAGAGCGGCCGUGGUCCAGCUAUUUGUAAGAAAACGCGACCCGAUGAUUUAGAAACGGAAGAUUUGACAAAGGACAUGGACGAACCCGUUCCGGAACCGAAUAUAACGGAGGUUAACCCGGUUACUCCUGGACCUCCAGGACAACCGACAAAAAAGGAUCACGAACUUCAACCCUUAAAAGGUGGUUCGAUUACGGAUUUAGACGAAGGCGAUGAACGCAAUGAAGAUUCUCAAACCGGUAAAAAUAGCGAUAGCAACACUCAAGAUGAUGGGCAAGAAGAUAACGUUACCGAACAAACUCAUCAUAUUAUUGUACCGUCAUAUUCAUCCUGGUUUGAUUAUAAUUCAAUACACGAAGUAGAAAAACGGGCGUUACCUGAAUUUUUCAAUGGCAGAAAUAAAUCGAAAACGCCCGAAAUUUAUUUAGCUUACCGUAAUUUUAUGGUGGAUACGUAUCGGUUGAAUCCAACGGAAUAUAUUACAAGUACAGCUUGUAGAAGGAAUCUUGCGGGGGAUGUUUGCGCGAUAAUGAGAGUACACGCUUUCUUGGAGCAGUGGGGAUUAAUUAAUUAUCAAGUUGAUACCGACUCUCGUCCAACGCCGAUUGGACCACCUCCGACUUCUCACUUCCACAUACUGUCUGACACUCCAUCUGGAUUGCAACCAGUUAACCCACCAAAAACAUGUCAGCCCAGUGCUGCUAAAACAUUACUCGAUCUUGACCGUGCGCAAGAAAUCAAAAAGAUCGAAGGCACAGAUCCCAUGGCAGGAUUCGGAUUAAAACUGGACCAAUAUGCGAAGAAACCCGCUGCUUUACGUAACAAAAGUGCAGCUUCUCUUGCUAGAGAUUGGACAGAACAAGAAACUUUAUUGUUAUUAGAAGGAUUAGAAAUGUACAAGGAUGAUUGGAAUAAAGUAUGCGAACACGUGGGUUCUCGCACGCAAGAUGAAUGCAUUUUACAUUUCCUUCGAUUACCAAUCGAAGAUCCUUACCUAGAAGAUCCAGAAGCUGGGGGAUGUUUGGGACCACUAAUUUAUCAACCAAUACCAUUCAGCAAAGCUGGAAAUCCAAUCAUGUCUACAGUUGCAUUUUUAGCAUCGAUCGUAGAUCCUCGAGUAGCUGCAGCAGCUGCAAAAUCAGCCAUGAAUGAAUUCGCAAGUAUAAAAGAUGAAGUUCCCGCAGCCAUCAUGGACUCGCAUUUAAAGAAUGUUGAAGCCUCUUCAACGGAUGGCAAAUUUGAUCCUUCCGCCGGAUUAGCACUUACAGGAAUCGCGGGAACCGUUCCAGAAAAGGAAGAAGACGAUAAAGUGAAGAAAGAAAUCGUUGAUAAAGAGGAAGAAAAAUCUCAAGAUUCAACUGAAACGAAAAAGAACGGUAUCGAAUCUUCCGACGAAAAACCGGGUGAAAAACAAUCCCCUUCGGAACCUAUGGAAACCGAUAAAGACGAAAAAAUGGAUACGACAGAAAGUAAAACUGAAAAGGUUAUAAGAGAUUCUGAAAUGCAAUCGGCAGCCGCGGCAGCUUUAGCUUCGGCCGCGGUUAAAGCUAAACAUUUAGCAGCUGUUGAAGAACGUAAAAUUAAAUCAUUAGUUGCAUUAUUAGUAGAAACUCAAAUGAAGAAGCUUGAAAUUAAAUUGAGACACUUUGAGGAGCUCGAAACAACCAUGGAAAGGGAACGUGAAGGAUUAGAAUAUCAAAGGCAACAAUUAAUUACGGAACGACAACAGUUUCAUUUGGAACAAUUAAAGGCUGCAGAGUUUCGUGCUCGACAACAAGCACAUCAAAGGUUACAAGCUGAACAAGGUCAAUGGGCGCAACAACAAAAUAUGAUGCCUCAUUCCGUACCAGCUUCCGAAAGUGGACCGAGUACAACUCCAACACCACCAUCUCCGCAAGCGGCAGCCGUUACAUCACCUGCUCCACCACCUAUGUAACGGUUAUGAAAAUCGUAUUUAAAAAGAAUAUAAAACAAAUUAAUUAAAAAAAAACUAAUUAAUUAGUCAGUGGAUUUUUUAUGAUCGUGAAAUAAGAAUUGUGAAAUUAUCAAGUUUUCAUAAUGUUUUGAAGUUAAGGGCGACUUUAUUAAUUAAUUUUCAUUAUUAGGUUAAUUUACUUUGUAACUUUUUUUGUUUCAUUAUUGUUCACUUUUUUGCAGUUGAGUUACGUGAUUACGAGAUAUUGUGUCAAUAUUUUCUUAUUAAUUUUCAUUUUAGAUUAAGAUUAAUUAAGUUUCCUGGAACAAUUCCUUGUCUUUUAUUCAGGAUGAUUUAUAGAAUUGAUUAUGUACAUACAUUAUUUUAUUGAGCCAAUUUAUUCAAUGAACCUUUUUUCGAAUCAUUUGCAAGAUGCAAGAUGUAUUAAUUUAUCUUGAUAGAGUUGUAAAUAUAAAAUUGAUUCCAAA